CCAAUGUGAUUUACAUCAUAAUACUGUCCUUUUCUCACCCGAUUUAAGUAUUGAAACAGAGAAACUCUAAGCAAACAUUAAGACGACAAGAGAAUGUGUAUUGAAGAUCCUCACAGCCAAUACAACACAAGAAUAGAGAUGUGAAAGGCAACGCUCACUUCAGUAAGACCAGUAAAAGCGAGGGCAGAGCAUGUCAAAUGGUUUGUUACUGUUAAUUUUCACCCUCUGUCAAUAAGACUGGACCAACAGAGGAUUUGUCCACAACAAAGAUAUCAGUGAUUCUCUUUUUACCACGGUAUACUUUAAUCUUGACCAGCUCACCCAAAAAAAAGUUUCCCAGCAGAAGAUGAUUGUGACAAGCAUCUCAUUCUCAUGAAAACAUUGGACAAGAUGGACCUUGUAAAAAAUUGGAUCCUCAUUUAGGAAAAUAACAGUUUAGUUGACUAGGGAAGUUAACGAUGGGAUAUAUUUCUUUGUGUUUUUAUCUUUAAUUCAUAUAUUCAAGAGGUUUAUUCCUCUUUCUAGCUGUGAUUCUAAAAAACAUGUAUGCAAUGAAUAUCAACUUUGUAAUUGUAUCACUUCUGGUGACCAUGGAUAUAGUAUUUAUUAACUGUAACCCAAAAGAUGAAAUAACAAAUUCAGCAUGUUAUGGAACAUACAAUAACUUUUUAGACCUUGAAUGUCAAUGGAGGGACAAAAUAAAAAUUCACAAAGUGUAUCAAGGAGCUAAACCAACAGCAUUAGAGUGUCCAUAUCCAACAGACCAAAAUUCCUAUAAGGAGGAGUGUUGUGUACCCACGGAAGAGGAUUGUAUGUUUGAGAUUCAAACGGGAGAAACUAAUUCCUAUGAAUCACUGUGUAAUGGUAAAUCUACAUGUAAACUGUUAACUAUGUGGAGUGGAACAACCGGACUCUGUGAUCCUAAAAAGUUUAAUCCUCACACCAACUUCAUGAAAAUCACAUAUUCCUGCUUAUCAGAUCACAUUACAAAAUCAACAACAACAACAAUAAAAACAACAACAACGCCAUUAAAAACAUACAUCACACCAAAAACUAUGACAGCCAGACCGUUACCAAUACCAAUUCCUAGAAUUAUAAAAGAUAAUACAUCUACGACAUCAUCAUCUACUAAUAAUAAACCCAUCGAAUCAACGACACCAGUAAAUGCAGCUGGAUCUGCUACUAGAGCUAGUACUAUUUCUGUUACUGGCUAUCAAAUACCCCAUGAAAAGUCUCUCAGUCCAUCCACAAAAGCCAAUAAAAAAGACGACAAUUCUUUUGCAUUUACUACAGGCAUGAUGGGAGGUAUGGCUGCUGCUAUCAUAGGAUUAAUGCUUACAAUAUUUGGAUUUUUAUUUUACUGGGGAAGAAAACGAAGACAUAUGUCUAUGGUGAAGCCACAAACCAGUGUGUGGGAUUUUCUACUUUCUCAAAAUAUAAACUUUAGACCAUUCAGGAGAGGAGGGUACGAUAAUUUUAAUAGCCAUCGUUCUUCCAUCAGUUCCGACGGGGAAGCAAAUUCACCUGUUCCGCGAAAAGCAGGCUGGACGCCAAAUAUAGCUGUUGAAACUGGUAGCAUGAAUGAGCCUACUACGUCUGAUGAUAACUGUAGUAUUGUUGAUGUUCAUAGGAACGGCCAUGUUUGAACAAAUAUUCACCAUUUAGUUCUGUUUUCAAAUGAUGUGUGCUUGAUUAAAAUCACUAUGCUCUUCAGUAGCAUCUUGUGAUCACUGUGUUCAAGAUGAAAAAGUCGUGUUGUGGUGUUUUAUAAGUGAAUUAACAUAAAUUGUGAGAUUUCUCAUUUCUAGAUUGUAUAUAAUACUUCAUACAUUCAUCUGCGUUUGUGAUAUUUUACAUGAUGUAUCAAACCACAUGUAUGUCUGUGUACAUAUUUGCAAUACAACAACUUUUUGUGUCCGUACAUACACUUUGAACACUCCAAUACCUAACGUUUUUAAAAAAUAUUUAAUUAUGUGACAAUGGAUCUAUGAUUAAUGUUUAGAUAUUGUCUAUAAAAUAUGUAUCUAAUUUAUUACCACAAUGUAUGGAACCAUAGGAUUAUUGUACAUGUAUUUCAGUUUUUUUUAUUUGUGUUUUCAGUUUUGGAAUUAAAAACCAUGGUAGGAGAAGUCAAAGUGUCAGUUAAAUCAAGCUAAAAAUAAACACACAAAAAACUGUGCCAAAACUGAGCAGCCAAAUUACAGAUAGGAAACUUUCAAAGGCAAUUAAUUACUGUCAUAAAAAUUAAAUAUUUCACACAAUGAUCGGUACAUGAACUCUAGACUAGUACACUUUUAGACUAAUAAACUAUUAGAGUAGCAUUAACCUUAAAAUCAGCACCAAAAUGAUAUAUCUGCACUUUCCUUCCAUGGCUAUUAACUUCAUAUGUUUUAACUUUUUUUCUUCUCUACCUUUUUCUUUAUUGAAUAAUAAAAUAAUAUUUACUUCUGGGGCAGACAACAUAAUAAUAAGUUAAACCUGACUUUAUAACUUAACAGAAAGUAUCUCUGGUAAUUGGACAAUUUCCAAUCAUAAACUUGUCAUGUGACAAAAUCCCCUCAUAUUUCAACAGAUAAUAGGAUGAGGUCUCCAGGUUGCGUCUUUAGAGUUGUAAACAGGUAUAUGUAAAAGAAGAUACAGCCGUUAAGAGUCAAAGACAUUAAACAUGCUGGACCUUCAUGAUACCAAGGUUAUGCCUAGAAGUUUUAAAUAAGGUACCGUAUUUAUGGGGUAUAAGGCGAUGUGGAGUAUAAGUCGAAUCGUCAUAUUUUACUGUUUUUCCGACCUCCAUCCAUAUAUAAGUCGAAGCGGUAUAUAAGACAAAAUUUAUGUUUUUCAACUCCACGGUAGCAUUCUAUUAUCGAGAUUCGAGACUGUUAUCCUAGUCUAAUAAAAUAUUUCGACUGGAAUGGUGCAACUUAAAGUAGUUUUGUUUUAGACGAUAGUGCGUGUGGCAUCGUGGAGAGACAGUAACUCAAGUAACUGACUUUUUUUUCACCCUUCAUCCAUAUAGACAAGCGGAGUAUAAGAUGAAGGCCGGACUUCGGCAGAAAAAAUUAUCGACUUAUACCCCGAAAAAUACAUUAUACGUAAAAUUAAAUAUACAGCCAUAUUGACUCCUUAUAACAGAAGUUGAGAAGUUGAAGUCGGAAAAGAUCUGCCUUUGUAUUGGAUUUAAAUAUUAGUUGUUAUGUAGUAAAUUGUAGAAGUGGAAAUUCAGAUGACUGAAAUUACUUAAAGCAGUUACCUAUUAUUAAACAUACAUUAUGCAAGCGCUAAAUCUGCCUAUUGCAAGUCUUUCUUUAGGUCUGAAAUGUUAUAUAAACUAUUAAUUAGACAUUUAUUAACAUGAAAAGACCUUAAUCAACUCUCGCUGCCAUCUUAUGUGUCAGAUUUUCACUGGAUAAGAAUCCAAUCUGCUGUUCAAUGCUCAUUGAUGAUUAAAUCCAAAAAUGGAUAAUCGAGACUAUGUUUUUUUUAUCGUACCGACUUCAGUAAUGAUGAUUGAGGCUAGGCCUAAAAUUCAACUGCUAAUAUCUCGGUUCAGAGUGGAGCAAUAUGACUGAAAUUUUCUGCAUAUUCCCUUCCUUUACAUUAUCUAGUUAUUAACCAUUAUAGUGAGAACUGCCAGCUCUUUAUCUAAUAUCCCAUAAUGCAUCUUUAAGAAAGAUAGAAAUUGUCAUGACCUAAUGUAUAUAAUUUACUGCUUGAAAGAAACAUUUAAAUUUUAUAUCUCUUCUAGGUAGCUCUGAUUGAAUAAUUUUGUAAAUAGUAUGCUACAAUGUACAAU